CGCCUUCUGCUGCUGUUGUCAAGUUUGUGGAUCCAGGGACAGAAGUUGGCAACGCGUCCCUUAAACUAGUUUUACUUUACAACUACAGUAAAUUACUUUUAGCUAUGGCGGAGCUGUCGUUUGUGAUUUCAAUCUGUGUAAUGACCGUGUUUUGGGGCAUUGUUGGAGGAGUGCUGCCGAUAUUUGUCCCUAAAGGACCGAAUCGGGGAGUUAUUGUGACCAUGCUGGUACUAACUGCAGUUUGCUGCUACCUGUUCUGGCUGAUUGCUAUUCUGGCACAGCUGAACCCGUUGUUCGGGCCAGUGCUGAGCAAUGACACCAUCUGGUACCUGUAUUUUCAUUGGGGUUAGUCUGCGCUAACGGGCCUAGUCACUCCAAGAGCAGAUGCUUGUACAAUGCCAAAAAGUUAAAAUCUUCAUUUUCUCACAAAGGGAACAUUUCUCAUUCCUGAGGCCUUAUGUAUAGUUCUGACUAUAAUAAUGAAACCAUAUGCUUAUGUAUGUAAGACACACUGAUGUAUAGAUUUAUGUGGUCAUCUUGUGAAGGAAGUAAUGAGCAAACCAAACAUGAAGUUCUGUCUUUCUGUAGUUGAGGCUUUUGUCUUGUACACUGAAUGGUACAUUUACCUUGUGAUUGUGUGAUGAAUUUCCUUGUCCUUACAUUUGUAUUUAUGUACCUGAGUACCUAUAAAUAAAGAUUGGGAGAUUAAAAUUUA